AUGUUUUGCUUCCUUCCUUCAUACCCCAGUUUUUGUUGCCUUCCUUCAUUUCUCAACGUCAUUUUCUUCCUUCAUUUCUCAACAUGCCGUUUCCUUCCUUCAUUUCUCCACCUGCCAUUUCCUUCCUUCAUGUUGCCAUAUUUCGUUUCCUUUCUUCACGUCUCCACAUUUUGUUUCCUUCCUUCAUUUCGCCACAUUUCAUUUCCUUCCUUUUUUGUUUCCACAUGUUUCGUUUCCUUCAUUUCCUUCUGUCUGUCUCCCUUUCUUCCCCACACAUACUUCCACUUGUCUCCCCUUCACUCAUUCUGUUUGUCUCUGCCUCUGUACCCCCACCUGUGCCAUCCAUUUGUCUCCUACCUUUCUCCCCUCUGCCCACCUUUUAUUUCCUCAACUCUCUCCAUAAUAACGAUAAAACUGUAUCUGGGAUGUGUGGAAGUGAAAGAAUCAAUGAGAACAUUGGAUUUUGAAACAAGGACAAAUUUAGCAAGAGAAGCAAUCAAUCGGGUUACUGAGGCAGCUGGUUUAAAAUGUGCUGACAAAAAAAAGAAAUGCGACAAAAAAAUACUCCGCAUCCUUGGAACAUACCCAAAUAUGCGGUUUGCAGGUUCAAACAUUACACUAACAAUUACAACAGAUGCUCUCAAUCUUGUGAUCAUGGAAACUGGACAGACGAUAGCCCACCAUGACAUGGCAGCAGUUUCGUUUGCAUCUGGAGGAGACGUGGAAACACUUGAUUUUGUUGCUUAUGUGGCUAAAGAUUGUGUAAAUGGCCGUGCUUGUUAUGUGCUGGAAUGUGGCGGUGGCCUUGCAGAAAAUGUCAUUACCACAAUUGGCCAAGCAUUUGAGCUGAGAUUUAAGGAAUAUUUACGCAAACAGCCAAAACCAGUUACUGUACCAGAACGAGACAUGCAGUUCAACGCAUUCCUCUUUGAUGCCAUUGCUUCCUCCUCCAAUCCAACCACACCCACCACUCCUACGAAACCUCACUCAGACUUCCUUGGCGGUAACAGCCCAAAGAUGUGCAGAUUACCAGCUCGAAUGGAAAAGACACCUCCAAGAGAUCAGCUUGGAACGACAGAUUCACAGUUUAAUGGAGAAGCAUGGGAAGAUGAAGUGGAUUAUUACAAUGAUCGUCCUGGGGCAUUUGCACCUUCUCCAGUGCCUCCAGAGAUACCACCACUUCCAAAUUAUUCUGCUCCAAGCAAUCACACAUCCACAGUUCCAGAGGGAUUAUAUUCAACUGUAAAUAAAAAUCGGAAUAAUGAUUACAAUAACAGCACUGAGGGCCUAUUGGUUGAUCUGUCUGAUCCAACAGGCCAGGACCUGUACGAUAGACCCAAAUCGCUUGCUGCAUUUGCAAACAUGAAUUCCAUCCCGCUUUUUGGAACUGCUGAUGAUAUUUUAGAAGCUAACCCUGCAGAGCAAGCCCCAGACUUUGUUGAGACUCCACCAGAAGCCGGUUGGACUAAUGGAGCACUUGACCCCUUUGACAUGCAACCUUUUGAGACUUGUCUUCUGAAUGAGUCUGUGACUCAGCCUCCACCCCCUGCCCCAGCCCCUGAAGAAAGCUUGCAGGCAACAACGGUCAACUCUGGUGAGACACCUGCUGUGUUAGCUCCAGUCUAUGAGGAAUGGUAUCAUGGACCCCUCAGUCGAAAAGAUUCUGAAAUGUUGCUUGAACAAGAAGGAGACUUCUUAGUAAGGGAGAGCACCACAACACAAGGCCAGUAUGUUCUUAGUGGUCGGCAUACUGGGGGUGUGAAGCAUUUGUUACUUAUCGAUCCAGAAGGCGUGGUUCGAACAAAGGAUUGUAAAUUUGAAAAGGACAUUCCCCUACUAUUUCUGUUUGAUUGGUCACACAUUUUUUUUUCCUUUUUAACUCCCUGUCCUUUUCUUCUCAUUUUCUCCUCUUCUUUAUCAUUAUAUUGUUAUCUAUCUUUAUUUUCUCUGAUUUUCUUCAUCCUUUAUCACUCUCAAAUUUUCUUUUUUCUUAUUCUUAUCCUUUUUUUAUUUUCUCAGUGCUUCUCAUCUUUUUCUCUCUCUUUCUCUGAUCUGUUAUAUUUACUGAGAUCAUCAAAAAAUCAAAUUUAA